AUGGAAGAAAGUGGAAAUACGCUUUAUUUGACAUUAUUGAUAAUUAUAUCAGUUUUAUCAUUGUUUGGAUGUACAGUGUUGUUAAUUAAUUAUCUUAAAUAAAGACAUCGUACUCAACUUGCAACAAAACUAUUUGCAAUUUUAUCAAUUAGUGAUGCAAUAUAUGUUAUAGCUGUUGUCGCUAAUCCUAUGCCAUGUAUCUAAUAAAAUUUAAAUUAGAGACUGAUGGAACAUUUUGUGUUAUUUAGGCACUAUUUAAAUAACUCUCUAGUCUAGCCACAUUUAUUGUUAAUUUUUUCUUUUGCUUUACUACAUUUCUCACAAUAGUGAAUGAUAUAAGACUAAUCGAUACUAAUUAUAAAAUAUAUAAGAGGAAUGUAAAUAUAUUUUCUAUUUUAUUUCCUUUUAUUAUUGCUCUUAUUCCACUUACUUAUAAUGGAUAUGGAAAAUAAUAUUAUGCAUGUAGUUUAAAAACUCAAAAUACUUUUUGGAUUGGAGCAUUAUUAUUAUAAUAUUUACCUUUUGGAUUUCUUUUUGGAGCAAGUCUGUUUUUUCUAUUAAAAAUACAAAGAUUUCUUAGAGAAAUUUAAUAAAAUAAAGCUGAUGAUAAUAAAAUUGAUAAAUUUAAUGACAUAACAUUUUUAUCAAAAAAUAGUCAAAUAAAUGAAGGAGAGUAAUAUAUAAGAGUUCUUUCAUAUUAUACUCUUGUUCAUUUUUUCUGUUGGCUUCCUAUCAUAAUAAGUUCUAUUGUAGAUAUCACACUAUAAAGAGAUUUAAUAUGGUUUGAAGGAAUAAGUUAUAUAAUAGCUUGUUCAUAAGGAUUUUUUGAUUUGAUAUUGUUUAGGAUUAGCAAAUAAGUUUCAUUAAAAAUAUAAUAUUUUGAAAGUAACAAUAGCAUUUUAAGUGGAGAUCAUAAUGAUAUAUAUAGAGGAUCUGGAUCUGCUUUAUACAUUUCAAGAUUGUGA